UGAGCUUUGGUUUAAUUGGGUUAUCUUCGGUUAUUAAGAUUAGCUGAUUAGUCUUACUAUAUAUAGACUGAUUAGUUAGUUAAUUGAGGUUAAGCUUUUGUAACAAACUUUGAUUGUUUGAUAAAUAAGAAAUAUCUCGUUUCUCUCUUUUUCUUCAACCUUCGUCUCUCCUCCGUCGUGUCACGUAUUUCUCCGAUUAACCGGAGUUUAUUACAAAUCAGUCAUACGAUUGACCUGGUAACUGGAAAUAUACUAUAUAACAUAUACAUUUUUCCAUUUGUAGUCUCUAGCUAAGCUCCUAAAACUUACUAGUUUUGUUCUCUCCAUACAGAUCCCUGAAUUUAAAUCAAUUUAAAGGAACAAUUCCCGCGUCAAUUGGACUGCUAUCGAAUUUAUAUUGGUUUGAUAUAGCUGACAAUCAGAUUGGAGGAAACAUUCCAAUUUCUAAUGGGACUUCACCUGGACUUGACAUGCUUCUUGAAACUAAGCAUUUGUUUAUACUCCUCAAAUCUUUUUGUUACAUUUUACACACUCACUCUUUCUAUUUGUUAAAUAAUGAAACUGUCCUUCACUUCUUUUGGCAGUCAUUUCGGGAAAAACAAACUUUCAGGUGAAAUCCCCGAAAAACUCUUCAGCUCUAACAUGACUUUGAUACAUAUGCUAUUUGAUGGAAACCAGUUCACAGGCAAAAUCCCGGACAGCCUCAGCCUUGUUAAAUCAUUGGCAGUGUUACGUCGACAGAAAUAAACUAAGUGGAGAUAUUCCUUCGAGUCUUAAUAAUCUGACAAAUCUUAACGAAUUGUACUUGGCCAACAACAGAUUAACGGGCAGUCUUCCAAAUUUAGCUAGUUUGAACAGUCUCUACACAUUAGAUGUGAGCAAUAAUACUUUGGAAUUCUCAGUCAUUCCAUCAUGGCUUUCGUCGUUACGCUCCCUGUCACCAUUAAGGAUGGAAGGGAUACAACUUGAAGGUCCAAUACCAAUCUUCCUCUUCAGCCCUACUGAACUACAGACUAUCAACCUAAAGCGCAAUGGUAUAAACGAACCAUUGGACUUUGGUACCAAUUAUAGCGAGCAGUUGGAGUUUGUGGAUUUGCAAAGUAAUGACAUAACCCAUUAUAGACCAACAUCUAGUAAACGCAUCCAAAUUAGCAAACAAUCCGGUGUGCAUGGAGCUGGGGAACGUACCGAGUUACUGCUCAAUAGUCCAACAUAAUUCCUCAUUUUCAACUCUCCCAACAAACUUUGCUCCAUGUGGUCAGAACAUGACACCGAGUUCUACAUGUCAAUGUGUGUAUCCAAUCACAGGAACACUCUUCUUCAGAUCUCCUUCAUUCUCAGGGUUUUUCAACUCCACCAACUUCUUGAAUCUUCAGCAGGGAAUGGUAGAGUUCUUUAAGAAGUUCGGUUAUCCUGUUGACUUGGUGGCUAUCAGAAACAUAAGAGAGGAUACAACUGAUCGUCAGCUUCUAAUAGAUCUCUUGGUCUUCCCAUUGGGAAAAGUUAGUUUUAAUCAAACAGAAAUGGCAAUUCUUGGUUUUGCGUUUAGCAACCAGACUUACAAGCCUCCCAACAUAUUUGGCCCUUACCAAGCCAAUCCUUACGGUUACUUCUCGGAUAUUGGAAGUGGUUCAGAAGUAGGAAGGUCCAAGUCACUAAGCAUCGGCGGUAUCAUCGGAAUAGUAUUGGGUGCUGUUGUGCUGCUGUUGGUAAUUGGACUUGGGAUAUGGAUUUCUCUUUGUUGUAAAAAAAGAGAGCAGAAGAACAAAGGAAAGGGAAUUGAUAGAAUUAAUCAUCAACAAGUCCGCGUUACAGAGACUGAGACAGAAACCUCAGUUCGAGUAAAAUCUCGCAU